AUGCAUAUACAGAUGCAUUGCAACCUCCAUGGCAUUAUCGGUUUGGUGUUACGCACGGAAGGAGGAGGCCCGUCAGAGGUGCCACAGAAACCACAGAAUCCUGCGGAACCGCAGGUUCAGAUACAUCCCAUUCUGCCACGAGGAAGUCAUGGCAUCGGAAUUGCAUCUACCUCGCUUAACGGCCGAAUCCGUGUCAUUGUCAACGAGUACAUAAUGAAUCGUAUGUCGGACUCCGAGUCCGAAACCGAUGACGAAAACGAAGUCGAAAAGAAUGCCAAAAUCCACCCUGCCCAGCAGCUUUUCUUCGAUCUGAUUCGUGUGGUGUGUGGCUCUAGGGGAGGGGGCGAGCUAAAAGAGCCUGUUGGUUUCGCUAUUGUGUACAAGGCCCGGGACACAGUGACCAGCCAGAUUGUGGCCGUGGAGAAGAUCAAGCGUGGCAGCCGCGAAGAUGCGCGCGAUGGCAUCAAACGAACUGCCUUGCGUGAGAUCAAAAUUCUGCAAGAGCUGCAGCACGAGAACAUCAUCGGUCUGGUGGAUGUGUUCGGGCAGCUGUCGAACGUGUCGCUGGUGUUCGACUUCAUGGACACCGACCUGGAGGUGAUCAUCAAAGACACCAAAAUCAUACUCACGCAGGCGAACAUCAAGGCGUACGCCAUCAUGACGCUGCGCGGCCUGGAGUACCUGCACCUGCACUGGAUCCUCCAUCGCGAUCUGAAGCCCAACAAUCUGCUGGUCAACAGCGACGGAGUGCUCAAGAUCGGCGAUUUUGGCCUGGCCAAGACAUACGGGUCGCCGAAUCGCAUCUACACCCAUCAGCACCCAUCAGCACCGCAGCUCAUGCUGCGCGUGCCUUUCAUUCCCGGCGACUCGGAUCUGGAUCAGCUGACCCGCAUCUUCGCCACCCUGGGAACACCUACAGAGGCCAGGUGGCCGUACCUGGGGAAGCUCCACGACUACCUACAAUUCCGUCACUUCACGGGCACCCCGUUGCAGAACAUAUUCACUGCCGCCGACAAUGACCUCAUCCACCUAAUGCGCCGCCUCUUCGCAAUGAAUCCGCUGCGACGCGUCUCCUGCCGCGAGGCCCUGAGUAUGCCCUACUUUGGCAACAAGCCGGCGCCCACCGUCGGUCCCAAGUUGCCCAUACCCUCGGCCAUUGUGGCGGCCAAUGCUCAGGCCGACGAGAAGCCCGGCCAGGCGGUCAAGCGGAAGCUGGUGGAGACCACCGUUCGCGGCAACAGCCUGCCACAGAAAAAGCGGCUGCAGUUCUAAGUUGCCGCCAAGCUACCAAGCUGCCAAGCUUCUAAGCUGUUUAGCAUUUAAUGUAGAGACCUAAGACCCACGAGACAAAAAUGUGUCCAAACCAUUGUUGAGAUUGCGUUCAGUACGAGUUAAUAUUGUCCAUUAAAGAUGUGAAGAGUGCAC